GGUUAGCCUCCCGUUACCGUCCAAUCAAUGGCGCGCGGCCGACCAUCCACCAAUCGCUAGUGUCUUUAGGGAAGCCCAGCUGCCAAUCAUGAGUUGUGUCUUUGCAGCGCUCCAGCCUUUCUGCGCCAUCUACCAACGUCCGGAAGAAGAGCGUAAGUACCGGUUUCUUCCGCCAAUCCCUGCCGGCCACCGCUCGCUUUCCCGUCCGGCCCAACUGCGUCACCCAACUUAGGUCGUGCCCCGAACGUACAGCUAGCCAAUCAGAAACGCGCUGGCAUCCCGCCUUUGCGUUCAUUCGCUGAGGCAGGCAUCCGUCGGAACUUUACGACGCUCGCGAGCCUGCCUACCGUUGCCAGCGAGCGGUCGUUUAAAGGAGGUGGCGCCAAGCUGGUGUUUGGUCGCAUUCAUUCCGGUUUUAGAGACUAGGAUUUUUCACAGUCAAAAUUAAUACAGCAAAGUCAGUCAAGAUGUCUGUUGAUCCAAUGACCUACGAGGCCCAAUUCUUUGGCUUCACACCACAAACUUGCAUGCUUAGGAUCUACAUUGCAUUUCAAGACUACUUGUUUGAAGUAAUGCAGGCUGUUGAACAGGUUAUUCUGAAGAAGUUGGAUGGCAUCCCAGAAUGUGAGAUUAGUCCAGUUCAGAUUCGUAAAUGCACAGAGAAGUUUCUUUGCUUCAUGAAGGGACGUUUUGAUAACCUUUUUGGCAAAAUGGAGCAACUGUUUUUACAGCUGAUCUUGCGAAUUCCUCCAAACAUCUUACUUCCGGAAGAUAAAUCUCAGGAGGCGCUUACUUACAGUGAGGAAGAGUUCCAGCUUCUCCAUAAAGAAAUUGAGCAAUUACAGGAGAAAUAUAAAACUGAAUUAUGCACUAAACAGGCUUUUCUUGCUGAACUAGAAGAACAAAAAAUUGUUCAGGCCAGACUCAAAAAGACAUUGACCAUGUUUGAUGAGCUAGAAAAUGCUGGCAGGAAAAAUGGAACUAGUGAUUUUAGGGAGAGCUUAGUGUUCCUAGUCCAAAACUCUAGAAAACUACAAAAUAUUAGAGAGAAUGUGGGAAAAGAAGCCAAAAAACUGAAAGUAUCUUAAUUUCUGAAUUGUGAAAGGUGACUCAGAAAUUGGGACUCGUAAAUUAUCUACAUCAAUGAUGAUUCCUAGUCUAAGAGUGCAUUUUAAUGGAUUUUCCUUGUGCCUUGUGUUGAUUCAUUUGCCUGAAGUAUCUGUGUACUACUCUUAACUAAUCUUUGAAGCAUCUCUUAAGAGACUAAAGUUGGUAAAGAGCAAUUCCCCAUUCAGUAAUAACUGUUUAGGGACGUGGUUGAAGAAGUCUUUCCCUGGCUGGUCAAAGAUAUUUGUAAAAUUGUAUGUUGGUCAUGAAUCUUUUGUAACCUUGAUCCUUUCACCUUAUCUUUUGGAUGAAACUAAAUGAGAGAAAGAUUAAAUGGGUGACAUGUUAGAGGCUACUCCUGGCUUGGUGCUUGAGAUUGCUUCUGGCAGUACUGAGGACACCCACAUGCAAGGCAUGUACCUCUGGCCCAUUGAGGUAUCUCCUCAGCCCUUUGAUGGCUUCUUAAAAUAUCUGGUUUAAAAUCUCUGGUAUCCUACUUGUAUAUGGAGUAUGAUCUUGGUGGGUCUAUUUGAGCCUCACACCUCUACUAUAUAUGAUAUUUAGUGCUACAAGUGAUUUCUGGCUGCACUGCAAGUACCUUAACUCAAAAGAUGUGUGAGCACUGUGGUCAGAGAAUGUGACCUCUGGCAAGUACAUGUGUAAGUACCACCACAAUUCAUAGUGAACACUGCAUCCAGAGUAUAUGUGCAUCGACUAACGAGUAUGAUCCUCGGCCAGCAUGUAUGCAAGCACCGAAAACAAAGGAGUUCAUACCUUGAUGAACACUGGUUUAAUGCACAGGCACCGCAACCAGAUGCGAGACCCUGACAAGCACCAUGGCUAAAAAUGUAUGAGCUCCAUAACCAGGCACAUGUGAGAGAGCU